UCUUGGAAUAUUCAGGAAGCUCUUCCUCUCUAUAUAUAUAUAUAGAGAGGAAGAGCUCGCAUGUAUGUAGUCUUCACGCACUUCUUAAUUGAAUAUUCGAAACCACGCCUUUGAGCUAUUCGAGGUCUGGCCUCUCACACCAUUCCUCGAAUUCUGACCUGCCGUCACUCAUCUACGCCAAGAACCUUCCCGAAAUGAUAACCUUGAUUAGAAGUUUAUCCUGAAAGACACUGGCAAAACCCAGACCCCAGUAUCGAGGGGUUUCUAUGAUUUCGCUGAUUUGGCGGUCAGCAAAAGCCCAGUCUUGGCCUUUUGGGGUCAGAUGAAUUAUGAUAUUGGCAAAUCGCUUGGUGGUUCCCUCGUGGAAUGGAAUCUCUUGUAUAAAGGGCUACGGAGUUGGGGAGGCUGACAAUAGUAGCUAUAUAAAGUGAUCGAUAUACUCGAGGUCAUCUGUAGCUCAGGACGUCGAUGUGUACAGCAAAUACCUUAACAAUGAUCGACUACCAAAACCCAACCACCCUCGCUCUGGUCGCAGGAGUAGCUAUCUUCCUAGUUGGCAAAGUUGUACAAUAUUAUCUGGGAAGAGCCCGCGCUGCUUGGAUACUGUCUAAAUACCCGAUUGUGAAUCCAGAAUGGAACGCUUCCGAUAGGGAACGUCUACUGAAUUCAUCGCAAGAAGUUAUCCUGGAGGGUCUGGCAUUGGUGAGUAUACCUGCUCACUCAUUAUAAAAUAGCACUCUCCGAAUGGCGACUGACUUCGAGUAGGCCAAUGGAGGUCCCUUUCGCAUAGAAGAUGGGUCGGGCAUCAAACUCGUCCUCCCUCCCAAAUACAUAGACGAGAUUAAGGAUCUUCCUCAGCUAAGCUCUCAAAAUUACAACGUCAAAGACUUCUUUGCAAACUACCCGGGAUUCGAUGCCUUUCGCUCAUCUAAUCACAAGACCGAGGUGAUCUGGACCAGAGGUCUGAAGAGAGAGAUGGCUGGGGUUUGGCCACUCGCUAUCCCGCCUAUGGCCAAGGAAAUUUCCAGUAUUCUGGAUAAAACAUAUGGACAGACUGAUGAGUGGAAGGAAAUCGGCGUGUACAAUGCAUGCAUCUCGGUCAUCUCACGCAUCACGCAGCUUGUCCUUCUCGGCGAAGACUUUAUGAAUAACGAGGAGUGGAAGCGCGUGGCCACCUCAUAUAGCGUGAACGUUUUCAGAGCGGCUGCAACGCUACACCAGUGGAACAAGUGGCUACGCCCCAUCGUCGUCUGGUAUCUGCCAAUAUGCCGCCAGAUUCGGGCAGAGGUCAAGCAGGCUCGGGCUAUCCUCCAACCAGAGGUAGUGAAGCGAGUGGAGUACAGGAAAAACGAAAGGGAUGGUGCUAUAAAAGAUGGCCAACGUCGCCGCCGCGUACUCGAUUCGAUUGAUUGGUUCGUCGCGGCGAACCCAGACAAUAAACCUUUCGACUAUGUGGGCACUCAGAUCAGUCUCGCCCUCGCCGCGAACCAGACGUCGAGCAAUGUCCUUGCCUAUGUCCUGGGCGAUCUGAUUUCGCACCCUGAGUACUUGCAGCCGCUCCGCGACGAGCUCACGGCUGUACUACGUGAUGUAAAGGCAGGUCCUGGAUAUGAGUUCGACAAGGCGACUCUGCACCGCUUGGUACUCAUGGACAGCUUCAUGAAGGAGAGUAUGCGCCUCCAUCCACCCGCGAACAUCACCAUGCGCCGCCAAGCUACCGAGGACAUACGCCUAGCUGACGGCACCGAAAUCCCUCGUGAUACCUAUCUCUUCGUCGCACCGGUGCCCAUGAAAGACCCAGCCGUGUUCGAGAACCCGGAUGUGUUUGACGGAUAUCGCUUCCUCCGCAUGCGAGAGCAGCAAACCAGCCAAAACCAGGACGGCGGCAAAUAUCAUCUAGUGUCCACCUCUUCGGACCUUGUCAUGUGGGAUUAUGGUCUGCGCGUCUGUCCUGGUCGCUUCCUCGCCGGUGCCUAUCUCAAGCUCAUCUUCGCCCACCUGCUGUUGAAGUACGACUUUCAGCUGCUCCAUGGGCAGAACGCCUUCAAUAUGGGCAAGCCACAAGGCUUCAUGACCCGCCCGGACAAGGAGCAAAAGCUAAUGUAUCGGUCGAGGAAGAGCCCCAUCUAGAUAGAUCAGUUCCGUAGCCCCUCAUUCGUCGUUUCAAGU